UGGCGGGUGCAGCCAGUGGAUAAAUACAGACAAGUACCAACACAAAUCUCAUCAGAACCAGCAACAGUCACAGAGACAAUGACAGAGAGAGCACUACAACUCAACCAUGAGACCUUCAACUGCUCCGUCUGCCUGGAUUUACUCAAGGUUCCAGUCACUAUUCCCUGUGGACACAACUACUGCAUGAGCUGCAUUAACACUCACUGGAAUGGAGAGAUGAGCAGGGAAAGCUACAGCUGCCCUCAGUGCAGACACAACUUCAGCUGGAGGCCUGUCCUGGUGAAAAACACCCUGCUGGCUGCCUUGGUGGAAGAGCUCAGUAGAUGUUCACUUCCAGCUGCUCCAGUGUCACACUGCUCUGCUGCUCAUGGAGAUGUGUGCUGUGAUUUGUGUUCUGGGAGCAAAGUGAAAGCUGUGAAAUCCUGUCUUCAGUGUCUGGUCUCUUACUGUAAAGAGCAUCUUCAGCCUCAUUAUGACGUGGCAGCAUUAAAGAAGCACAAACUGGUGGAGCCUACUGAGAAUCUCCAAGACAACAUGUGCUCCCAACACGAUGAGGUGAUGAAGAUGUUCUGUCGCACUGACCAGCGGUGCAUCUGUUACCUCUGCUCUGUGGAAGGACACAAAGGCCACGACACAGUAUUGGCUAUAACUAAAAGACAGGAAAUGCAAGGAGAUUUGGAGGAUAGUAUCCAGAAGACCCGGCAAAGAAUCCAGGAAAAACAGAUGCAAGUGGAUUUACUACAAAGUCAGGCAGAUGAUGCUGUCCGAUGUGGCAAUACAGCUGUGGAGGAGACGGACAGGGUUUUUACACAGAUCGCUCGUUUGGUAGAGAGAACCAAGACAGAAGUAAAGAGACACAUUAGAUCCCAACAACAAACUGAGGAGCAAAGAGUCAAAGAGCUCCAGGAGAAACUGCAGCAGGAGAUGACCGAGCUGAAGAGAAAGUACAACAAGCUGGAGAGGCUCUCACACACCGAGGACUAUAGUGGCUUUAUUCUCACUUUUACAUCUUUGUCAAAAGUCAGUGACAUGUCUGACCUUUCUCCCACAGAGACAAGACCACUAUUGUUCUUAGAUGUUGUUACAAAUGCAGUAGCAGAACUUGGAGAGAAAUUGCUGGACCCUUCUGCUCUGAAUCGAAUUGUUGCUGAAGAGGACACAGGCGCUGGCCUUCCAGAAGACGAUGCUCACGCAUCUUUGGACUCUUUGGAGUGGCUGCCUCUCCCGCACAUGAACUUCCAUGGGCAAACAGUGCAUUUCCAACAAGAUCUGGACACACUGGCUCCAGAAAUCGUGUCCAGCUUUCAAACUGAGGUGACUUCAAGAGCUGAAUUGUUGUCAUAUGCUUAUAGUAUAACACUGGACCCAAACACAGUCCACCCUCUGCUGUCUCUGAGUGCGGAGGACAACAUUGUGAGAUACAUGAACUCUGAGCAGGAGCACCCUGAGAACCCAGACAGAUUCACUGACUUUGCUCAGGUUCUAAGCAAAGAGAUUCUGACUGGUCGCUGUUACGUGGAAGUGAAGGGGAGAUGUGAGGACUACUUUUCUGUGGUUGUGGCUUACAAGGACAUUAGGAGAGAAGGAGCAUUUGAUGAUUGCAGCUUUGGCAGCAACACCAUGUCCUGGGCUUUAGAUUGCUACAGUGAUGGAUAUGUGUUUUGGCAUAACAAAGUCAGCAAUACUUUCACAGCCUCACCUUCAAACAAAGUUGGAAUAUUUGUGGAUUCCGAUGCUGGAAUUGUGUCCUUUUACAGUGUCACUCAGGAGGUGUCUCUGAUCCACACCGUUCACAUCACCUUCACUCAGCCUCUGCUCGCCGGGAUUUGGCUCAAGGAUGUCGCAGACUGUGCUGAGAUCUGCAACAUUUCCCAUCAUUAG